AUUAGACUGUGACGGGGAUGCCAAUGUGGAUGCCGCUAUUUGAAAUGUAUUGCAGAAUGUUUUGACGGGACGAGACGUGACGUGACGAUUAGUGUUCCGCAAUUUCGAAGCUGUACUGCGAUUUUUUUUUAUCACGAAUGGUAACUCAUAACCUCAUGUUCAACGUUCGAUACUGCCCAAAGUCAAUUGAUGACAGACAAUGCCAAUGAAUCCUGACGGGAAGGUGCCGUUAAGUGAUGUGGCGGACAUCCAAUGUGAUUAGCCGUUUCAGGAACUACCAUUGAGUCUAACUUCCUUGCCUUCCUAAAAUCAAAGAUACUGCAGCCAAUAAGAAACAUUCUCAAUUUCUCAGAUAGUUAAUUCACUUGAUUGGUAGUAAAAUCUGUGGAGGAGUUGUAUUUGUGAGUUCUUGUGUAGAUUGUUUACCAACUGAGGGAAGAGGAGGACAAUUAUGUCUAUUCAAUUGCAGUACAUGAAACGUGUCGUGGAUGUGGAAAUACCAGCGACGUACGAGAAAAUCAUCACUGAAGUUUCGGAAUGGACGGGAUUGGAUACUGCUGAGUUUUACCUACUGUACAAUGGCCGUAUAUUGUGUAACACUGACAGCAUUGAAGAUGGGAAUGUGCACAUUAUUCCUAGACUUGUUGGAGGCAAAGGAGGUUUUGGAUCCAUGCUUAGGGCAAUCGGUGCACAAAUAGAAAAAACAACUAAUAGAGAGGCAUGCAGAGACCUGAGUGGGCGACGGCUGAGGGAUAUAAAUGAAGAGAAAAGAUUAAAAAACUGGAUAGCUCAGCAAGCAGAGAGGGAACAAGAAGCAGCAGAAAGACGGCAGAAGAAACUUGAACGACUUUGUUUGGAACCAAAACAUGAAUUUAAGGACAUAAAAUAUGAAGAAGAACGAUCUGUGCUAACAGAAAAAGUUUGUGAUGCUGUUGAGCAAGGAUUCAAGGCAUCAAGUAGUGGAAAUGGCAUGAAGAGAAAACAGGAGAGUAAGGAAAUGAGCUCAAAGCCAAAGAAAAAGAAAACAUGCUUGUGGAUUGAUGCUGAUAAUGAACUUGACACUGAGGAUAGUGAUGAUUGCCUCAGUGACGAGAAUGAUGGCAGUACAUCAUCAAAAAGUGGUUCUCAAAACAGUUCCAGUCAGUUACAUGAUGCUACACUACAUUUACCAGAGACAGUGGCAAGAAAUGACAAAAGGAUAACACAAGCUGUGUAAUAUUAUUGACUCAGUCUCUUUGUAAGGAACCAAGUGAUUGUACUGUAUGUUUUUGUAAAAUAAAAUGUGUAAAAAUAAUUAUUAUACAAAUAUAUUAACAAUUGAAUUGUGUAUGAAUAAUAAAAUAACAGUAUUGUUCAGUA